ACAAUUCAUAAUUGCAAACCUUUAAACUAAAACCCAAGCAAACGAUUCCUCCGCCGCCGGCGGAGCUCCUCCUCUCGUCUCGGCUCUCGCUUCUCCUCCUCCUCCGACGUGUUUGGAACUCCAACUUGUUAACCGCUAACGGUAAACCGCGAAGAGAGAUGCCAGACUCGUCCAAGGAUCUAGAUAAACAUGAUGCUGACUCUAUGCAACAUCCGAGGGAAGGUAGUGAAUAUGUUAGGUUGGUUGUUUCUAAUGAACCGACUGCAGAUGGUAUGAACGUCUUGCUUCCUCGAUCACCCACCAGGAGUAAAACUUUCAGCUGGUGGAUCAAAGCCUUUGUGUGUUGCAUUUUCAUAAUGAUAUUGAUUCUCGUUUUUUUUAAAUGGGGAGUUCCAUUUCUUUUCGAGAAGGUUCUAAUCCCAAUCAUGCAAUGGGAAGCUACUGCCUUUGGUCGACCCGUUCUUGCUGUUGUGCUUGUUACUUCUCUUGCUGUGUUUCCUGUGUUCUUCAUACCUUCUGGUCCCUCCAUGUGGUUAGCUGGGAUGAUUUUUGGCUAUGAUCUUGGGUUCCUCAUAAUUAUGGUUGGAACAACCAUUGGAAUGGUUCUACCGUAUUUGGUUGGACUGCUUUUCCAUGAGCGUAUCCAUCACUGGUUAAAGAAAUGGCCCCAGACAGCUGCUGUGGUUCGACUUGCAGGAGGAGGAGACUGGUUCCAUCAAUUUAAAGUGGUUGCUCUCUUUAGAGUUUCACCUUUUCCUUACACAAUUUUCAACUAUGCAGUUGUGGUAACCAGCAUGAAGUUUUGGCCCUACUUAUGUGGAUCGAUCACUGGAAUGAUUCCAGAAGCUUUUAUUUAUAUCUACAGUGGUCGGUUAAUAAGAACAUUAGCCGAUGUUCGAUACGGCAACCAUCACUUCACCACUGUGGAAAUCGUAUACAAUGUUGUUUCCUUCAUCAUAGCAAUUAUCACCACAGUUGCUUUUACAGUUUAUGCAAAGAGAGCUUUAAACACUCUUGGUAACCGAGAGUCCAACGUGGAGGACGGGUCCGCCUCUUACCAGGGUAGCCUAGAGAUGGAGAAGCUUCCUGAUGAAAAGAGUGAUAUAAGUGCAACUCCAAAAAACUACAAAAAGAAGCCCUUGAACACGGUAAAAUUGUCCAAUGGAUCACGUGGAUAAAAAAUUAGCUCAAUC